AUGGCACCACCGCACAAGGUGGUGGCGAUACAAAUCCUAUUGGUGGGUCUGUUCCUCACCACCACUGUCGUGGCGGCGACGUGGUGCGUGGCCAGAAGCGAUGCCGGCGACCAGGCGUUGCAGACCUCUUUGGACUAUGCAUGUGGGGCUGGUGCGGACUGUGCACCUAUACAACCAUCUGGGUUGUGUUAUCUUCCUAAUACAGUUCAAGCCCACGCUUCCUAUGCUUUCAACAGUUAUUUCCAGCGUAAGGGUAUGGCCCCUGGCUCUUGUGACUUUGCUGGCACCGCCUACAUUGCCAAAACUGACCCAAACCUUCUCCUUUAG